CUCCCUUCAGAACAGAGCUCCCACACCUCCCCUGUUCCUCCUCCCCAUUCCACUCCACCCAUCGCCCAUAAGAGAAACAGAGCAGCUUCUCAUCAUGGCUAGGCCUCAGAAGAGAUAUCGAGGCGUUCGCCAGAGGCACUGGGGCUCCUGGGUUUCCGAAAUCCGCCACCCUUUGUUGAAGACGAGGAUAUGGCUUGGCACAUUCGAAACAGCAGAGGACGCAGCCAGAGCGUACGAUGAAGCGGCAAGAUUAAUGUGCGGGCCGAGGGCAACGACCAACUUCCCUUUCAAUCCCAAUGCCUCCCCUUCAUCGAACUCCAAGUUCCUAUCGGCGGCUCUCACCGCAAAGCUGCACCACUUCAAUUUAGUAUCACUCCAAGCCACCCAGCCCACUGCUAAGGAUACACCGCGCAAGUCUCCCCUCUCGGUAAGCAGCAGGGCUACCAACAACAGGAAGUCAGAGUCCAUUGAUAACCACACGGCGAAGAACCCGGUAGCAGCAAUGGAACAAAAAAUGGACACCAACCGGGUUGUCGCAGAAGAGAAUGACAGUAGGGAAAUGCAGUUCGCUUGUCUGGAGGAGCAUCAUAUAGAACAAAUGAUUGAGGAGCUGCUGGAUUCUAACCUCUCUAUGGAGCUCUGCUUCGCUGCUCUGUAAGCAGUCACGCCAUUUGCUAAUGUAACCUUUUUCUUUUUCUAUCUGGAGAUUGACCCAAUUCCCACCUACUCAAGUACCUUGAAGCAAUGAAGUCAUUGCCCAAGUUCUGUUUUCCUUUAGUAUACUACCAGAGUAGUUCAUCUCA